UAGAAAUAAAAUCUGUAUAGGCUAUAAUUUGUUGUUUCUUUUUUCAGGGGAAAUAUUACUUUCAAUAUGCCUGGAAACAAGAACACGUUUUUAAAACUACAGUGAAGAUGCUAUGAAAGCUGCAGUUGAAGAUGUUCGCUUGCACAAAAACAUCUAUUCGGGCAGCUGCUAAGAAAUUUUCAGUCCCCAGAAACAACUUUGAAAUAUAAAUUAGAGGGUAAAUCACCAAUGGACAGAAAAAUGGGCCCGCCUUCCAUUCUACGAGCAAAGAAGAAGCUGAAAUGAGCAGGUGGGUGGAGAACAUGGCACAGGCUGGUUUCCCGGUCACUGUUGAGCAGCUAUGUAUCAGUGUGGAGAAGUACAUAAAAGAGGUGAAGCGCGAUACCCCUUUCAAAGAUGGAAGACCAGGCAGGACUUGGAUGAUAGGUUUUCUUCGGAGAAAUCCUUCAGUUUCAAAAAGGGUUUCUCAAAACCUAACCGUCUCGCGGGCAGCAGUCACAAGGGAAAACGUACUGAAUUGGUUUUCAGAAGUGGAAUCCUCUAUUACUAAAGAGCAUGGUGAUGAUAGAAUUUUGGAAGACCCAUCUCGGUUAUUUAAUUGUGAUGAGUCAGCAUUUUUUCUUAAUCCAAAAGGCCCCAAAGUGCUUGCUAAAAAAGGAGAUAAAACAGUUUAUCAAAAAAGUAAAUGUCGAUGAGAAGGAGUGCGUUACAGUGUUGGUGGUA